AUGUUCAGCACAAAUCCAACACCCGUUCCGUCUCAUAGGCGGCAGCAAUCCGCUUCAGCACACAAGAGGAACAGAUCAUUAGCAGUCGCACGUCAGAACACUUCGGCGCUUCCUAGAGUACCAGAAAUCGACCUCAAUGCGUUGAUCCCGGAGGCCGCUGCAGUGAAAGAAUGGACGAAGAAUGAGAAGUACUGUGUGAGCAGUUUGGGGAGGUUCCCUCAUGUGUAUGGAGCUCAGGAUGCGGGUUUGCAAAUGUUUGGCCACAUUGAUGCAGGGAAGAAACAUGGACUGAUAACAACAGCGACGGAUGCCUACGUCUGGUCCUACCUCCCAUCACUCUCGGCCACACCGACCCUCACCUUCUCUGUCCCGCACCGUGCAAGCACCGAAUACGACAGCGAGAUGCCCCUACCUCUGGCCUCGAUUGUGAGCGCAAAUGCCGGAUCCGACGAACCAGGCUUGGUACUCAUUAAGCCAGAAGGAAGGGUUUGCUACUGGGACUCCAUCGGUGGAGCAAUUGCAGAAGGAGCGGUCAGCAAGCGUGGCGUAGAAGGUCAGAUAACAAUGGGUACCAACGAGCUUUGUACGAUGAUCUGCUCAGUUGAACCUGCUGGUUUCGUGGUAUCUACAUCCCAUGGACGCUUGGUCCAUCUCAGUCUGCGGGACAGCAUGGGAAGACCGUACAUUGGACUUACGGAAAUGAGUGCUGCACGUGGUCUGUGGAACUCCUGGAUUACUUCCAUCGACGCUGGAGGGAAGAGGAGGGAUAUAUGCGCUGUGCGGGCGGGAGAGACGAGAGGUCGUGAGGAACGUGACGUUUUGGUGUGCACGGAGCGUGGUGUUGUCAGCAGGUGGGUGGUUUCUCGACUUGGGAAGUGCCAGCUUGUGGUGGAGAAUGACUUCCGCAAGGCUGCAUUGGAAGUGUUGCGGACUACUUUGCCGGCUGCCGCGUCCAGCACUCUCGCCAAUGCUCUGAGCUUCGUUGACGUUGUUGCUCUUCCGGGCACUUCGUCGAUUCUCAUCCUCGCUUCCUACCCCAGCUCGGGUGCCACGACGACAUACAUCCUCUUCAGUGCCGUUCUCGACUCCCCUGACAGAUCCAUCACCUCCACCUACGUUCUGUCCAAGUAUUCCGCGUCAACGACUACGGCGCCUAAACUUUACCUACCAUCACCUGCCAAGACAGUCUUCAUCGUCUUCCAGCGUGCCAUCUCCGUUAUCUCUAUUCCAUCUCAGGAUGGUGGCGCGGUGUUCGAGGACGUCGUCGACUUCAAGGAGGACAGGAAUAUCGAGAUCGUUGCAUCCGGUGCCGAGGACGCUCAAGUUGAGGGAUCCAGGAGACUGAGAAAUGCCGGUGUGGUCGUUGCUGCCCGAGGUGCUGGCGUUUUAAGGUGUGAGGUCUUCGAGGACAGGGUCAGUCUGGAAGCACUCAGUUCGGAAAAGUUGGCGAAGAGCAAGUUGGAGCAAGCGGUGUUCUAUGGGUUCAUGCCCGAUAACCCAUUGAAUUUUACUGGACCAGCGUCGUUGAACUUUAGACCACAGGAGGUUGCCAGUGCGGCAGCUGCCGUGUCGGAGGAAAUCUUGGCUGGUACUUCAAAGUACUUUCCUACCCAGUUGGCGAGUCUUGAUGACCAAAUGGCCUUGAAGGCGAAGUUGCUUGCGGGGCUCGCGGAACACCUUCAUAACAACUUCGCUCCUUUGGAUUCUAGCAAGCGAUGGAAGCUUUGCUGGGAUGCCGAGAAGUGCGAAGGUGCUCGUCGUAUUUGGUCAGAAAGAAGUAGCCGGUCACAGUUAACGGGGCGUACUACGCGGUCGAGUAGUGCACAGGUUGCUGUUUUGGAGAAUGUCAUGGAGAACAUUACUGGACAACGUGGUGGUGGUGAUGAUAUGAUUCGAAAGUGGUUUCACAGAAACCUCAAGGAUAUGGGUCAAGUUGUCGCACAGGCUGGCACGAGGUGUACGGACAUUGCUGUGGAGAACAAGCAUGAUACGUUCGCCAUUGCCAAAGCUGUACUCGAAGCUAACGACAUCAUCCUUUCUGCGCUCGGUGCUGCUCGGCAAAUCCGACAAGAGAGGGUUAUGAAAUACGGUCUUGGUAAUCUCAAGAGCAUCUUCGAGAAUAGCCUGAGACCAUGGACGAGUACUCCUGAUAUCCUUAACUCCUUACAGUUGCAGUUCACGCUUACUGAGCAUCAGCUUCAAGGACUCAAGAGGCCGUUCAGAACUGAUGACAGGAAGCAGAAGACUGGUAUCUAUGAAGAUAUGAUCAAGCAGCUUGAUGCCCUUGUCGAUCUGCUGUGCUUUGCCUUCUCUGAGAAUGUUCAGUGGGAGCGCAAGUCGGGUAACAAAAAGGCAGCUGAAGGGUACAACAAGCAGUACCUUGACAAACGAGGUUCUUGGAUCUUGUCUCUUGUCAAGCACGGUUUGCACGAGAAAGCCUACACUAUUGCCGAAAGGUACGAAGACUACCGUACGUUGGUUGAGAUCUGCCUGGAGCACCAGGAGGCGGGCGAAGAGACGCAAGAAAGGGUGAUGAAUCGUCUCAAGUGGUACCUCGGAAGAUACCACGAGGAUUUCGCGUUCGUCUUGUAUCGUUACUACGUCGAGAAGGGUCAGAUCAAGACAUUGUUGACUUCGUUCCCAGAGCACGUCAACAUGCUUUCCCAGUUCCUUGAUAAUGAGAAGUAUGACCGUAUCUCCUGGAUGCACGACGUUAAUCACGGUAACUUCAACAGUGCUAGUGCAAGACUUCACCGGAUUGCUACUGGCAACGAGGAUGUUCUUCGAAAUAAGAAGAUCGAGUUGAGUCUUAGCAAGCUUGCAUUGCUCGUCGAUGCUAGGGCUGGCGUUACGAUGCCGCCAAUUCAAGCCGACGUGAUCAGAGUCGUUGACGAGGAACUCGACGUUACGGAGAUUCAAGCGCAGCGAAGAAAAGAUAUUCUUCCGUUCUUCAAGAAUGCUAUCGACGAGGAUGCAAAUGUGGAGCUCACUUUUGCGGAGAUUGGAAAGGAAUUGCAUGGAGUGAACAGGGAACUUGUCAAAGGGGCUCUUCGGGAGAUUAUCAAGGACGCUGUGCUGAAGCCUGAGGACCUGAUUGAUUACUUGACUCUGAAAAACACGCAGAAGAACCCCGCUGAUGGUCAAAGUCAACCGGUAAUUAACGAGUUCUACCAAGCUUUGCAAGUGCUUCGUACUGCAAACCUUCCGUCCGGCCGCUUUGAGAUGGCCGAGCGCACGAUUUGGCGACGGAUGUUCUUGCACGACGACUGGGGAGUUAUCCUCCAGACUGGAGACAAGACGGAUGAUGAAGUUAGGGCGUCCACUCGUUCCACCGCCCUUUGGCAGACUCUGAGGUUGGGCUUAAUAAACGGUGAAUUCAAAGCGGGCGCGGCUAUCCAGCUUAUGCCACCGAAUGAGACUUAUUUCUCCAGUGCGCCGGAAGUGGUGGAGGCUCGUUUCCCUGAUGUGUCCGAGACCGCUAUCGAGGACUGGAAAAGGUCCAUGCUGAAUGAAACCGAAAAACUCGACGCCUACAUCAAGCAAUGCAACCUGAACCAGUGGUACGAAGGAAUUCUUUACGACGCCAGAGACUACGCAAACAAGGAAAGGAAUGGAACAAACAUUCCUGAUGUGGAGGUGGACGAGGAGGGGUAUGUGCAUGUUGGGUACCCGGCUCGCUCCGAGCCCGAGGACGUGGAGAUGAGCGGAUGA